AUGGAUGUUGCCGAAUAUGAUACCAAUGUCUUCGUCGUGAACAACAUCGCUUCGAUUUCCUUUCGCGUGUACGAACCGUCAUCAGAUCAGUCCUCAAGCUUUGGCCUCGUGGCCGUUGAAAUCGAAAAAUUUUUAAGGGAAAAAGGCCAUGUCGUUUAUUACGAUGCCAGUAAACGUGGUAUUUGGCACUUCAGGAUCGUUGGCAAGGAGGGGAAUGAUGAAGUCAGUAGUCAAGAGCUGGACUCAUCUCUUAGCUUGCGUGGCUACUCACUUAAUGUAGGAGAAGAAGGGUAUUUUGAGCCAAGCAGUCUUCCGAGAGCUCGAUCACAACAGCCACAAGCAGGGCAUACUCCUACCAGUUCAACUUCAAGCGCACCUGCUUUGGACCAGUCGCAACGCCAUGCUCCAGCUGUGACAUCGCAUCUCGGCCUUCCUGGAUUACAAGAGCAAGACUCGAAAGGGAACACGUCGGUUCUGGACGCGAAGUCAGUGCAAGGAGGGCCAUCGCCUACCAAAGCUUAUGAGAGCUUCAUCAUCGCGGCCCUCUCGACGAUACAGUCAGCAUUCUGCAGCCGCACUGAUUCCAUUCCUCUUAACUAUCGGACGGUAUUACUUUCGCAAUAUACUCUAGGAAACUGUGGAUCCUUCGACUUGGUCCAGGGAAAAUUUCCUACCAUCGGCACAUUCAGCGCAUACCUGACGACCACGGGUGUUCUUGUGGUGUGCAUCAACAUCUCAGUACGCCAAGGUCUAUUAUCUUAUAGCGACUCCCCCCCGGGUUUACUUGGACAGCAAAUUCUUGCGGCUCCGUUUGGCAUGAUUGCCAGCAACCAGUCCGGUGCCCAAUUUGAUGGUGGAACAGCGAGUAUGGUGCAAACACCAAACACACAAGCAGCAUUGAGUCUUCGAGGAGCUCCGGAUAUUCACAAUUCGCUAUGGAAGCAGGCAUGCUUGAAAUUUUUGCAGCUCCGAGGUGUUGCCCAAUCCAAAUUCACGGAUUGUUUCUGGAUGAAUUUACUCAUCUCCGGGCCCAAACUCCAAGAUGCAAAGAACGACGUCAAGAGGCUGUCGGUGCCUAAUUCUACAGUUACGAUUCCCUGGCCCAGCCCGCUGUGCUUUAGGAAGCGACCGGUUGAAGUUUCAUCGACGAGUCGAGUAGGUGAGACCAUACUUCGAGGUCAUGAAGAAAGCCACGACCCUUUAGGCAAUGCGCAGUUUUGGUUUAGUUCCACAUCUGAGCGAGACGAGAAGAUAUCUAAAAGAAAGGCAGAACGCGCAGCGGUGCCAAGCGAGGGCUUCAGUAGCGAUUCCAGACCUACGAGGCCAAAUGGCCAGUCCCCCCUAACCUUGAGGCGGCUGAGUACAGCCGCAGCUGGCUCAGUGUAUCCAACUCCGCCCGAUGCCCUGCAAAAUGCUCCCGGGGUAACACCCUCUCUUGACGGCACGCUGUCAAGUCCGGGAAAUCCUUUGUCUGCCGCGGCUUUGCCAGAAGCCGACAACAAUGGGUCUGUCUCUGUGACUAUUGGGGCGUCCUUUGAACCUGGGCGAGAUUUAUCAGAAACCAAAAGGCAAAGGAGUGACAGCAACCUUCUUGGUGAAGCUGAACACAUGUUUGGCGACAUGGGCGAGGAUAUGUUUGGCGACAACGACAUCACCGAAGCCGACUUCAAUUUUUUCGAUGAGGAGCCUGGGAGCGUUGAUCUUGAAGCUACAUUUGCCGAUAUGGGCGCUGCAACGACGGAUGAAAUCAUUGCCACAGAGGACCAUGCAGCUGAUGAGGAAAUGCGUAAUGCCAAGGACCCGGUGGAGGAAGAACAAGAGGUUGAAAAGGACAAUGGUGGAUUCACGAAACCCGAGCUGCGCCACGCGAUCAGCGUACGAAACGAUAAUGCAACGUCGAGAGGAAGGGACAGUCGGCCCGUUUCUAUGAAACGAGAAUCCAGCCCAUUCGACCCCCAUACCGUGUUCAAACGAGUUCGUGCAUCAUUGGCCACAACCGAAAAGAACGACUCCCUUGCGAAAAACACCAACCGCAUGACCAAGAUAUUUGAAAAGAUGGAUUUUGACCCAGCACUUCCUAUGAUUAACAAGAAAUAUGAACAAGGCGGUCAAUAUGACUACAGAAAAAGCACAAUUGCGGGAAGUUCAAGGCUUGACCUUGGCCUUUUUCCAGAAACGGACUGUCUAAGGCGUUUUGCCAAGGCUCCCAGAGGAUUCAGAGACCAGAGAUCGUAUGCUGGGUCUCUCAUGGGACCUUUACCUGGUCUCGAGCCGCCGCUCUCGGGCCGUAGCCCUACAAAAUUGGACACGCAGAUUUCGGAUGACGAACAAAGCAGUACGGAGUCUGACCAAGACGACUCAAGUUAUACGAGCGACGAGCCGACGUCCCCACUAAAGUCUAGUAUCAAGCAGGCACCGGCGGAGGACGAUGUGGCAUCACAGGUGACCUCCACGAAGGAACAAGAUAUGAUGGAGGAACCGGACCAUCAGCUUGCAGCUGAGCUGCCCCGUCUAGCCAAGCCUGAAACGCCAGAACUGCCACUUUCCAAACUUUUCUCCGAUCCUGAGCCCCUUGCCCUGGAGCUCGCUCUCGGCGACGAGGAUCUCAUUCAGGUAGCCCAAAUAUUGACGGAGCAGGCUGCGACAGGCUCCUUGGAUCUUUGCAAUAUGGACUGCCCCGCCAACACGUCAAUUGUGAGUCGAAGCCAGGCGUCUUCUUUGGGCGACGCCAGGACCGCAAUUCAGCAGCUCGGUGACGCUCUCCCACUCUUUCUACGGGGCGUGGAGCCUGUUCGUCUAAAGGCGUUUCUUGACAUUCAAGACGUACUCUUACAAGGCCAACCCAGGAUGCAACCGCGGCCCAUGCCCGGGAGAGACGCGAAUGCCGAGCAGAUGCGCCCUAGCAAUCUAUACCAGAUCCCGGGGCCACAUUUGGAGGUUCGUAGAUCGGAAGCAAAACUCUCCGUCCUGCCCUCAGCCGUUGCAUUUUGGGAAAGCUUGGGGCUAGCGCCAUCUUCAGGCAACAAGGACAUAACGGCAGUCUGUGUUUUUCCGGGAUGGAAGGGAAUGGCAGACAACGCCAAAACAUUCUUGGGACGGGUCAAGAGUGUCUACGAAGUUCUGAGACUCGGAUCUUUCGAAAACAUGACGCUAGCACCCGACAUGGAUGCCGGCCUUCUCCCUUACGAAGUGGACCGCAUCUCAACUUCUCCCGAUGCCACGUUGACGGGGCACGGCUCAGCCUUGAUAGGUAGCAUGGAGACGCUGCGAGGUUCACUUUCGAGCCUGACCGUUUCGGACACGAAUGUUGUCGUUUACUUCGUGUAUUCCCCAAACAACCCUGGCACCAUAGUCGAGGCAUGUGCGGCAUUCCAACGUUUCUUCGAUUCGUACCAGAUGGACCUGGCGGCAAAGAAGGAGACGGCAGCAAACGAGCUCGUUUUGCAGCUCGUAUCGUCUGACUUGCUAUCCUCGCCAACUUCGGUCGUGGUCACGCCCUCUGUCGAUCUUGCGAGGCUCUGCAUGGAGACGUAUGACCGCUGCACCCUCUUUGGCGGACCGAUGCCCGCGCCAGCGAUUCGACUGGAGCAGCCUCUACCGCGCAUCAUCGACUUCAAGCUCAACACGCAACCUUCAGUGUCCCUCAUCAGAGAGAACUCGUGUAUCCACGUUGCCUACGCCCAGACCGUGGACGGGCGUUGGGUGACGAGUGCUUGGACGGACGAUCGAGGUAACCAGCAGGCAACGGCCUCGUACUGCCUGGGGCGCAAAGGCAGACCGCUGUCUACGCCCAUGGACAAGGUGGCCCACGAGAUAUGGGAGUCUACUCUGGACCUAAUCUCUGCGUGGAAAGUUCACUGGCGCAUCAUCAUCACCAAGUGCGGGCCCAUGGACCAACAAGAAAUCGAUUUCUGGGUGGACUUGGCCCGUACCGAAAUCAAGCUCCCAGUGACAAUGAUCUUGAUGACGGCCGAUACCGAUCCGUGGCUGCAACUGGUGCCGCCCGUGGUCAGGCUGCCACAGCCGUCUGUGCCGUUUUACACGACGCCAGUUUCGACGCCGCAGGCCAACAUUGUGUCGCCGGAGCAAAGCGCGACGCCGGCAACGCCGGGCGGGGGAGAAGCGGGAGCCGACUCCGAGACGGAUGCUGUUCUCGCCGACGUCACGGACCAGACGUGGGGCGCCAUUGUCGGCCACCGACUGAACAACUCGUCGGGGGUAACGGACUUGUGUCCGGCGUUGGUCAGUGGCUUCCUGAUCAAGAGGACAGGUGCGCGAGCUGAGGAUGUGCCGGUGGCCAUGGAGGUCAAUCUCAUACACACGGAAGCCUUGCCGAGGUCGUACGAGCCCCUGUUGAGGGAAAUGCUCAGCUACUUCAGGGGGCUGGCAACCCUGUCGAGAGCUAGGGGGAUGGUGCCGAGAGAAAUGGACGUUCGUCCGUGGCACGUGGCAGCGGCCGAGAAGGCGGCGCGGGCGAUGUAUCUUCUCAUGUGA